AUGUCCAAGCAAGAAUACCCAGAUCUCACUAGUGUGAGAUCCACGGGCAGUCGUUUGGAAGUAGCUGACCACGAGAUUGAUCUCAAUGCUGUCACUUCUAACCCUGUCUCCAUUGGUGACGUUGGUGUUUCGCUCACUGCCGACCAAAAGUACGUCAUUCUCAAUCGUCUUAACUACGAUGGUCUUAUCUCUUUGGAAGAUCUUCCAACCGGUGCUCUUUUCAUGAUUGAAAAGAUCGAAGGCUUACCAGUCCAAGAAGGUGUCGAAAUCCUUCGUCAAGCCAUGAUUGAUCAUGCUAAUGACGUCAAUUACCCAACCAAAGAUUUGGACUUUAUUACCAAGUUGGUUGAAGAAGCUCCAGCUGAUGGUUACACUAGUCCAGAUGUUAAGUCUAAGCUUGACGGUCAAUUUGCUGAUAAGGAAAACAGCUUUGACGAGAAGAAGGGUGAUGUCAAUGCAACCACUUAUGCUGAACCAUCUUCUUCACAUUCCGACAACUAUUACGAGAUUUUUGACUGGCCAUUCCAAGUUAAGCUUGAAGCUGCGCUUCUUGCUUACCAUUCUCCUUAUCCAGAAGUCCGUGCUGUCACUGAUCCUUUCGAUGAUCCUUCCCUUCCAUGCGAAACUUUGAGAGCUUACAUUGUUGGGUUUAUUUGGAACGCUAUCGGUACUUUUAUCAACCAGUUUUUCGCUCAAAGACAACCUGCUAUUUCAUUCACUACUGCUGUUGCCCAGCUUUUCCUUUACCCUAGUGGUCUUCUUACCCAGUACAUUUUCCCAGACUACUCGUUUAAGCUUUUCGGGCUUACUAUCGAUUUAAACCCUGGCCCAUGGUCUUACAAGGAACAAAUGUUCUCAACCAUUAUUUUCUCUGUUGCUGGUGGUGGUACUUCUUAUGUCCAAUACAAUAUCUUUACCCAAAAGUCUGAACAAUUUUAUGGAAAUGAAUGGGCUAGCUGGGGUUAUCAAAUUUUACUUAUCUUGUCUACCAAUUUCCUUGGUUUCGGUUUUGCCGGUGUUUUGCGUAGAUUUGCUGUUUACCCUAUCAAUGCUAUUUGGCCAAGUAUCUUGCCUACCGUUGCUUUGAACAGAGCUUUAUUGAAGCCUGAAAGAAAUGAAAACAUUAACGGUUGGACUAUCUCUAGAUACUACUUCUUCUUCAUUGCCACCACCGCUUCUUUCGUCUGGAACUGGGUUCCAGAAUAUCUUUUCGCUGCUCUUUCAAGUUUCAACUGGAUGACUUGGAUUGCUCCAGAGAACAAGAACUUGGCAUACAUUACUGGUACCUUUGGUGGUCUUGGUGUCAACCCAGUCACAUCUUUCGAUUGGAAUAUUAUUGAUUACGCCGGUACUACUUUAUCUGCUCCAUUUUAUUCCACCUUCAACCAAUAUAUUGGUUCCGUCAUUGCAUUCUUCUGUAUUGUUGGUGUCUAUUGGACCAACUACAAGUGGACUGCCUACUUGCCUAUCAACAGUAACGGUAUUUUCACCAAUACUGGUGAUUCUUAUGCUGUCACUGCCGUUUUGGACAAAAAUGGAAAGCUCGACCAAGCCAAGUAUGACAUUAUUGGACCCCCAUUCUACACUGCUGCUAACUUGGUUGUAUAUGGUGCCUUUUUUGCCAUCUAUCCAUUUGCCAUCAUUUACGAAGGUAUGACCAACUGGAGAGGUUAUUAUUCUUCCCUUUACGGUGCUUACAAAUCCAUCCGUAACUGGAAGACUUCCACAUCUAUCUAUGAUGGUCAUAAUGAUCCUCACUGUAGAAUGAUGUCUCGUUUCAAGGAAGUUCCAGACUGGUGUUAUCUUGUUGUUUUGGUUAUUGCUCUUGUUCUUGGUAUUAUCAUGGUUGAGAUUUACCCAACUGAAACCCCAGUUUGGACUCUUUUCUUUGCCCUUGCUAUUAACUUUGUUUUCUUGAUUCCAUUGACCAUGAUUUACUCCACUACUUCCUUCUCCUUUGGUUUGAACGUUUUGGUUGAAUUGAUCAUUGGUUACGCCCUCCCAGGUAACUCUCAAGCUUUGAUGAUUGUUAAGGCCUUUGGUUACAACAUUGAUGGUCAAGCUCAAAACUAUAUUUCCGAUCAAAAGAUGGCCCAUUACGCCAAGAUUCCUCCAAGAGCUAUUUUCAGAGGUCAACUUAUGGCUGUCCUUAUGUCUUCCUUCAUUGGUUUGGGUGUUGUUAACUGGCAAUUGGAUAGUGUUGAAGGUAUCUGUACCAGAACUCAAAAGUCCAAGUUCACUUGUCCUGGUGCCAGAACUUUCUACUCCGCUUCUGUUCUUUGGGGUACCAUUGGUCCUAAGAAGGUCUUUGGUGGUCUUUACCCAGUCUUACAAUACUGUUUCUUGAUCGGUGCCUUGUUGGCUCCAGUCUGUUGGGCCUUGAAGUUUUACUUCCCACGUAAGCUCAAGUUCUUCCAACCAACUUUGAUCAUUGGUGGUUUCCUUAUCUAUGCACCAUAUAACUUGAGUUACUACACUGCUGGUCUUUAUGUCUCUUUUGCCUUCAUGUCUUACAUUAGAGUUAAGUACCAAACCUGGUGGGAAAAGUACACUUAUGUGUUGGCCGGUGCCUUGUCCUCCGGUGUCGCCUUCUCUGCUGUCAUCAUUUUCUUUGCUGUGCAAUAUAAAGAAAAGGAUGUCAACUGGUGGGGUAACACUGUUCCUUACGCGGGUGUGGACUACUCUGAACCAGCUAGACUUAACGUUACCAUUCUGGAACCAGAUGGAUACUUCGGUCCUAGAAUUGGAAGCUACCCUUAA